AUGAGUUUAAGUGCAACAGAGAGUUGUGGAAAGAAUUUACAGUACCGAGUAGAUCAUCUUCUCAGUGCAGUGGAAAAUGAGCUUCAAGCUGGCAGUGAGAAAGGGGACCCAACUGAAAGAGAACUCAAAGUUAGUUUGGAGGAAAAGGAGCUUUGGAUGAGAUUCAAGGAACUCACCAAUGAGAUGAUUGUCACCAAGAAUGGCAGACGAAUGUUUCCUGUGCUGAAAGUAAAUGUGUCUGGCCUGGAUCCAAAUGCCAUGUACACUUUUCUGCUGGAUUUUGUGGCAGCAGACAACCAUCGUUGGAAGUAUGUGAAUGGAGAGUGGGUGCCAGGGGGCAAACCUGAGCCUCAGGCUCCGAGCUGUGUUUAUAUUCACCCAGACUCUCCAAACUUUGGAGCCCAUUGGAUGAAAGACUCUGUUUCCUUCAGCAAGGUCAAGCUCACCAAUAAAAUGAAUGGUGGAGGCCAGAUUAUGUUAAACUCAUUGCAUAAAUAUGAGCCCAGAAUUCACAUAGUGAGAGUUGGCGGACCCCAAAGGAUGAUCACAAGUCAUUCCUUUCCUGAGACGCAAUUCAUAGCUGUGACGGCCUAUCAGAAUGAAGAGAUUACAGCCCUUAAAAUUAAGCAUAAUCCCUUUGCAAAGGCAUUUCUUGAUGCUAAAGAAAGAACUGAUCACAAAGAACUCCUGGAGGAUGGGAUAGAUGGCCAGCAAGUGUAUUCACAGUUAGGUGGAUGGCUGAUUCCCGGAGCAGCACCACUGCGCUCACCUGCUAAUUCUCAUUCUCAGUUUGGAAACCCCAUAGCCCUUUCUUCUUCUCAUGGCUGUGAUCGAUACUCAGCUCUGCGAAAUCACCGCGCAGCCCCAUAUCCCAGCCCGUACUCUCACAGAAACAGCUCUCCUACAACUAUAACGGAUAAUUCAUCUGCGUGUCUGUCUUUGCUUCAGUCCCAUGACAACUGGUCUAGUCUUCAAAUGCAAACUCAUACAGGAAUUCUGCCAGUGAGUCACAGCUCAGGAUCCUCAAGUAAUUCCAGUCAGUAUCCUAAUGUGUGGUCUGUGAGCAAUACUAACAUCACACCAGUGUCUCAGUCUGGAGUAAUCCCUAAUGGAUUAGGACCUCAGUACAUGAGAGGCUCUGCGACUCAUUACACAUCUCUUUCACAUGGGAUACCAUCACCAUCCUCAGGAUCUUCAUUAUAUGACCAUGGAUCCUCUGCAGAGAUAGUAGAAAAUCAAUAUGAAGUCACAACCCAUUCCAGAUUAUCAACACAAUGGACAUCAGUCACACCAACUUCAUUGUAA